AAAAGGCGCGUUGUGAGUUUGUGAAAAGGCAUGUGGGAGACUCCCAAAAUGUAUGGAGGCCGAGGUCGGAUCUGCAGGGCAGCUCUCCCUCCUCCCUCCGGUUAGGCCUGGGCUCGGGCGCAUAAGCAGUAUGCCCCCUGCGAAGAUUCCCUCUGCGGCGGCCCAGGAGGGCUUAAUGCAGGGGGGAAAGAGAAAGCGGCGGAUCGGCAUUGAGAUGUGUCCCUUCCGGCCGGCAGACAGGUGACGUCAGACGCCGGUGGCGGAGCAAGCGUACUGACGUCAUCCACAUGCGCCACAGGUCCUGGAGGCUAGAGAACGCUAUAAAACCUCACAGGACCUGUACAAUGGUGCCCUGCAUAGUGCGGCUCACCCGUAUUGAGGAGCAUCUCUGGAGCGGUCGGGAGUCAGAAUGAGUACCCCCCUCACGGGAACCGAGCCUGCAUCAAACCCUGGGACCGUGAGUAGCCUGCUCUCAGGCACAUGCUCUGUAUUGAUGGUUCGGUCUGCUCAUCCUUUCCUCCCUUACCUUUUCAGGGAGAAAAGGAUUCGGCUACUACCACUAGAAAGGCUAGAAAAUGUGGUAUCUGCUGCAAACGAUUGUCUAACACUGGAUCUAAACCCCUGUGUAAAGAGUGUACAUCCAGUGUCAUCAAGUCCGAAUCUUCCAGCCUAUUUGAAGACAUUAGGAAAGUAGUUAAAGAGGUUCAGCUGGCCUAAACCGCCUACUCCUCCAAAAAUUACUCCUCCUCAGGACACCCGUAGUAAUAAAUCACUUAUCUUGGACUCGGACUCUGAGGAACUGGCGGUCUCAGACUCUGAGUCAAUACAAAAACACCCCGCAUCCUCAGAUGAAGAGGGUGAAUACAAGCGUUUCCUGUUUAAUCCAGAAGACAUUGACAAGCUUAUCAGGGCCAUCAGGGAUACCAUUCAGAUGGAGAUGCCAAAGACUCCAAAAUCUACCCAACAAUAAUUUUUUGGGGGACUAGGAGAAAGGAAGAAAGCGGUUUUUCCAGUACCAGAUAGUGUCCAGAAAUUAAUUCGAUCACAGUGGGAGAAACCGGACAAGGGAUCCUUUAUCCCAAGGGGAAUUAAGAGGCGCUACCCGUUUAGCCAAGAGGACUGUACUGACUGGGAGACUAUACCGAAAGUAGACGCACCAGUGGCUAAGGUGGCUCUACCUUUUGAGGACUCAACACAGUUAAAAGAUCCUCUAGAUAGGAAAGCGGAGAGUCUCUUAAGAAAGACCUGGGAGACUACGGCAGCUCUUCUCAAACCGGGCGUUGCGUCUACCUGUGUAGCCAGAACACUAAACUUAUGGCUAGAGCGGCUGGAGAUACAUCUAGUCAAUAAGACACCGCGUGAUCAAAUUUUAGAGCGCUUGCCUCCAUUAAAGAUGGCAACCUCUUUUCUAGCAGACGCAGCAGCAGAGUCAGUCAAACUGUCCGCCCGAACAGCUGUUCUCUCCAAUACAGCGAGAGGGGCACUAUGGCUUAAAGCGUGGUCGGGAGAUAUCACGUCUAAAAAUAAAUUAAUCGCACUCCCCUUCCAUGGUCAGUAUGUUUUUGGGGAAGAUUAAGAUAAAAAAUCCUAGAAAAUGCGACAAAUAAAAAAAGGGGUUUUCCAGAGGAGAGAUAUAAACAAAAAAGGCAGCACUUUCGUGACCGAUUUUUUUCAGCCUGAGAAUAAAAAAGAUAAAGGAAAGACCGGGAGGUGAUGCUAUGCGAAGGGAGGCAGGGGAAGAAAUUUCCUCUUCAACCCGAAUCGUGCUGAAGCCUCCACAUCCAACAGCAAACAAUGACGCCAUACCAGUGGGGGGAAGACUCAGCUCCUUCCUAGAAUCUUGCGAGCACGUAACAAACAGCACAUGGAUCUUAAAUAUUAUAGAAGAGGGUUAUUUAAUAGAUCUACUCUCUCCCCCUCCACAGAAAUAUGUGGUCACUACCCUUCCCCCAUGUCAAGUUGGUACCUUAAAAAACGACAUAAAAAAAUUAUUGAGCUUACCCGCGAUAGAACCUGUCCCAAAAAAUCAGACAGGAAUGGGAUUCUAUUCCCGUCUCUUCAUCAUAAGGAAACCGAACGAGAAAUCCAGAGUGAUAAUACAUUUAAAAUACCUAAACAAAUAUGUGAGAUACCAAAAAUUCAAAAUGGAAACUCUGAAGUCAGCAGUGAAGCUUAUAAAAAAGGACGCAGUGAUGGCCACAAUAGAUUUAAGGGAUGCCUAUUAUCAUGUCCCAAUUCACAGGUCAUCAAGGAAAUUCCUAAGGUUUGCGAUAGAGUUGGAGGGAAACAUUCAACACUUUCAGUUCAAGUGUCUCCCCUUUGGGAUCUCUUCUGCCCCAAGGGUUUUUACAAAGAUAAUGGCGGAAACCUUGGCAAUCUUGAGAGAAAAGGCAAUCUGUGUGAUCCCCUAUCUGGACGACCUGCUGGUAGUUGCAGACGACAUAGAGACCCUGGAAAUCCAUCUCGGGUUGGUCCUGGACCAUCUACAGAGCCUAGGUUGGCUCAUCAAUUGGGAAAAAUCUGAUUUAAUCCCGACCAUACAGAAGAUAUUUUUGGGUAUAACUUUAGACACAGUUUCCCAAAGAUCCUUUCUUCCACCUCAAAAGAUAAUAAAACUUCAAACAACCUUAAGGAAUUUCAAGAAGGAGAAAUUCUGUUCCAUAAGGCAGGCCAUGAAAGUGUUAGGGAGUCUUUCAGCAUGCAUCCCAGCAGUAGCCUGGGCACAGUUCCAUCUAAGGCCACUCCAAAAAUUCAUUUUAGGCAAGUGGAACAGAUCGCAAUUGACUCUAGAAAGACAAAUAUUCUUAGAUUUGAACGUGAAAAAGUCACUAAAUUGGUGGCUCAUCAAAACCAACCUAAAGAAUGGGAUAUUUUGGGCACAAGAUCUCCCUCUAGUAAUAACAACAGAUGCCAGCCUCCAUGUUUGGGGAGCGGUCGUCCAGGGAAACUCCUAUCAGGGAACAUGGAAGAGUUACGUGAAACAGCAAUCCUCAAAUUUCAAAGAGCUAAGGCCAGUUUGGGAAGCACUGAAACACACGAGUCGGUUGUCAGCAGGUCGUCACGUCCUAAUCUACUUGGACAACGCUACAGCUGUGGCCUUCAUCCAACACCAGGGAGGCACAAGGCAUCGUCUACAACAGAGCCUGGCAAACAAAAUGUUCUCCUGGGCAGAAGAGAACGUACAGUCUCUGUCAGCGGUACAUGUGAAGGGAUCUUUAAACAUUCAGGCCGAUUACCUGAGUCGGCACAUGUUAGACCCCGGAGAAUGGAUGUUAGCCCCGGAAACCUUCCAUCUAAUCAUGAAGAAAUGGGGCAGACCGACGGUAGAACUGUUUGCAUCCAAGAGAAAUCAUCAGUUAAAUCAGUUCUUCUCCCUCAACCCCAGGGAUCAUCCUCUGGCAGUAGACGCCUUCAACCAGAAUUGGACAACAAAUUUAGUUUACGCAUUUCCUCCGUUUCCACUCAUCCCCAGAGUGCUGCAGAAGUUCUUGAAAGAGAAUUGUACCCUAAUCCUGAUAACGCCCUUUUGGCCCAAGAGAGGUUGGUUUUCUCUAUUAAAAGCCCUCAGCAUAGAAGCCCCUCUCCUUCUACCUCUGAGGCCGGACCUUCUAAGUCAGGGACCCAUUACUCACCCAGACCUGAAAAUACUAAUGUUAAAAGCCUGGAUUCUGUAGAAUCCAACUUAUUAAAGCAAGGUUUAUCUAAGAAAGUAGUGAACACUUUACUCCUUAGCAGGAAACAAAGUACCAAUGACAAGUAUCUAAAAAUAUGGGGACAAUUUGCUGAUUGGUCUGGAACCUCCUUCAACCAGUUCAGGGCCAAUAUCCCGCUAAUACUAGAAUUCCUUCAGGAAGGGCUAGAUUUAGGACUAUCCCCCAAUACCCUUAGGGUCCAGGUAUCGGCUCUAGGAGCACUUUAUAAUACCAAGCUAACAGUACAUCCCUGGAUAUCUAGAUUCCUUAAGGCAGCGGAUAGGAUCAGACCUACGAUUAAAAACAUGGUGGCCCCAUGGAAUCUCAAUACGGUACUGGGGGGUCUAACCUCUGAUCCGUUUGAACCUAUGGACUCUACCCACAUCAAAUGGCUUACUGUCAAAACAAUUUUUUUGGUUGCAAUAACUUCUGCCAGAAGGGUCUGUGAGCUACAGGCCUUGUCCAUCCAAGAACCGUUCUUUUCAGUAUUUCAGGACAAGUUAGUUCUCAAAUUAGAUCCGGCAUUCCUCCCUAAGGUAGUUUUGAACUUCCAUAGAUCCCAGGACAUUGUUCUUCCUUCAUUUUGUGACAAUCCGAAAAAUGAUCAGGAAAUCACCUACCACACAUUAGAUGUUCGGAGAGUGGUCCUAAAGUACCUGGAAGCUACCAAACAUUGGAGAGUAGACAAAAAUCUUUUCGUCCAGUUUCCAGGUCCUAAUAAGGGGAAAAAAGCGGCAAAAAGUUCCAUCUCCAGAUGGAUUAGACUGGCCAUCUCCGAAGCAUAUAAAGUUCAAGGGAAAGAUUUCCCUAAAAGCACAUUCCACAAGAGGCAUGGCUGCCUCCUGGGCGGAAAAAGCUUCAGCCUCUUUACAACAGAUUUGUAGAGCAGCAACCUGGAAAAGAGUUCAUACUUUUACUAAACACUACAGGCUAGAUUUAUUUGCCAAUAAUGACCUAAGAUUUGGACGUAAAGUCCUUUCUGCCGUCAUCCCACCCUAAUAGUAUCUUUGAUAUUUUCUCAGGACUUGGUGUCAUGGAGACGACUGGGGAAAAGAGUAUUACACUCACCGGUAAUCCGGUUUCCUGGAAGUCUCCAUGACACCACAUACAUCCCACCCUUUUUUUCUGUUAAUAUC